AUGCCUCCUGCUAAACGAAGCGAAGCCGAAAAACGAGAACGAAAGACCGCCCAGCAGCGUGCCUACCGAAAGACUGCCCAGGAGCGUGUUCACCAAAAUAAAAAAGUGGAUAUAUUUCGUUACAUCUUGCCGAAUGCAAUUCGCAAGACCGCUGUACGGAAGAAUAUCACGCACGACAAAGUACAAGACUACCACUUUCGAGACCAGGCUUUGCAACAGCUUCGACAAUUGCUUAAUAGCUCUCGUGAUACGUGGGGUCUGUUCACAGCCUCCACUGUUCAAGGAAUCCUCAAUAUCGCUGUCGCCCCAACUACAAAUCUGGACCCCAGAGUCUCAAUUGAUCAGGCCCAGGCUCUAUUCCUAACGACGAUUCGGGCAAGCGAGGUUCUAAGAUCUCACCCCGCUAUAAAAGUCCCAAUCUUCGGGCUGGGACAACAAGACUUCUCCUGGUCCGCACGGUCGCGGCCAAUCUCUCAGCUCCUUGCCAAAUACUCCGUGGAUGAUGUAGUAGAUGUUAAUAUUGCUUCGCUUUCCAGAACCGGCGUUAGUUAUAGUCGUAAGACUAUAGGGGAGGUCCAGUCUCGCUUCAAGGGAAAUAAAGACCAUAACGACGGCUGGAACGUCCUGGAUUUAAAAAACCCACUUCCAAACACUUACGGCAUCUGCCCAAAGUUUCUUCAGAAUGAUAACUGCGACCUGCUUAAUAGGAUCAAAACAGCCGUUCUGAAUCCGGGAUGGGCAGGCCGGAUCAUCACCAAAUCUAAGCAAAAGAACGAGUUUCGAGAAGUGGAAGGGUGGAUCCUCCUUGCGGAACCUGGAGCCUACACGGGUCCUCACAUGGACGCCUACGCCACCGAGACUUUUAUUAAUUGCAAUGAAGGGGAGAUUGGAAUCGGAUGGUUAGAUCGCCCAACCGACGAACAACUAGAGUCCUGGGCGAAAGAUCCGUCCAGUUAUCGAGGGGGAACUUGGUGCUUUGCUGUGCUUCGCGCUGGAAUGACAGUAUGGUUUCCGGCUGGCUUUGUCCACUCUGUCUUCCGCCUUUCUGGUGAUGGUAGGCAGACUAUGGGCAUCGGAGGGCACAUUCUUCGCUGCUUCGCUAUUGCACGGUGGGCAAAGAUAUUGGCCCUGCAAUUAGCAUAUCCAAACUCUACAAAUGAGAAGGUAACAAAAACGGCUUUCACGUAUCUCCUGGUUGUGCUACGCCUCGUGAGGGAUGCAGGAGCUCAAGGGAGGCUCGAGGAGUUCGGCGGGGAGAAAAAUGUGGCAGAGUUUCGACAGAAUGCGCAGGAUUGUCACGAUAUUCUUAAGAGAAAAUAUCCUAGAAUGAAUUUAGAACAGCUACAGAAGGCCCUUGGGUGCCUACAUGCGAGAGUUGAAGGCGAUGGCUUAUCGCUUUUAUAAGCUAUUCUAUUGCGGUUCUAUAGAGGACAGAGUCACUGGCGAGAAAGCAACUUAAUUUACAGCCCUCUGGCUUGAUUGAUUGGCUGAAAGUGAGGCUCGAGUUGAGUUGAGUUGCUUAUGGGCCUUUUUCAGACAGAUUGCUUGUUCGUUGCUUGCUUGCUUGUUAAAAUGCCAAGAGGUGUCCAGAAUUGCGAUUGCUAUACUUUUUAAGCUGCAUAUGCGAAGGGGAGGCCACUAGUCGUGAAGAAGUUCCGAGCUAAAAUGCGUGCACAAUUGAAAAAGUCGUGAUCCUCGGCAUAGUGGAGAGGUUCCGACUCGUCUAGCCUAUUGUGUUUAGCAGGUCACCUCGCUUUAGAAAUUCGGGAGGUGUAAGAAAUCUAUGUUUUUAUUGUAUUGGCUGAUAG